GCCGCUUCCCACUCACAACUAAACGGCGCAGCCUCUCGAACCGUAGCUCCUAAACCUCCAUUUCAAGAACCCUGAUCCGCCCCUCAGCGACCCCAGCACUGUACAAAAAUGUCCACCACAGCCACCCUGUCCUCUGUCGAGACUGCUUCAGUCACACCGGCGGCUCUCCCGCCGCCGGGCCAGCCAGACAUUGCGUACGCUCCAGAUCGCGAGAAGUGGCAGGCCCGAGUUGCACGUCGCCUUGCGCAAGGUGGCUUGACCAAGUCGUUGCCAGAAGGGUUCCCGCAACAGCUUGAAGGCGAUUUGGUAUGGGAGGGCCAGACAUUGGCCGAAAAGUACGCCUGGACGUAUGUGUUGAGCGAGGCACAGCUGGCAGAGAUUGAUGCAGCCGUUGAACAUUUCAAGUCCCUCAAUCUCACCUCGGGCCACGUUUCCAGCAAGACCUUCCCUCUGCCGACCCUGCACGCGGAGCUCAGGCGCCUAUCUCGCGAGCUGCACCGUGGCCACGGAUUUUUCGUGCUUCGCGGCUUACAGCCAGAUAAGUACUCUCGUGCCGACAAUGUUCUCAUUUACACGGGCAUCUCGUCGCACAUUGCGGACAAGCGCGGUCGGCAGGACCACAAGUUCAACGGAGCACCUGCCGAUGUGGUGCUCACGCACAUCAAGGACCUCAGCGAGAAGAAGUCGCCCGGCAGUGGCAACAGCAACAGCAGCACCGUGAUUGGCAGCCCGGCGUACACAACGGACCGCCAGGUCUUCCACACCGACUCGGGCGAUAUCGUGAGCCUGUUUGCGCUCGAGACGGCGCUGCAUGGCGGUGCGAGCAAGCUGGCAAGCACAUGGCGCGUGUACAACGAGAUUGCACGCACGCGGCCGGACCUGAUUCAUACUCUGGCAGAGAACUGGGAUGUGGAAGUCUUCGACCAUGUUGCCGGCAAGGAGUGGUCAACCCGCCCGCUCGUCUUCCACCAGCCGGCCUCCCCGAGCACGCCAGAGCGCGUCAUCCUGCAAUAUGCCCGGCGAUACUUUGUCGGCUUCGGCGCCCUGCCGCGCAGCCACAACAUCCCGCCCAUCACCGAGGCGCAGGCCGAGGCGCUCGACACGCUGCAUUUUCUGGGAGAGAAAUUCUGCGUCAACACCUCGUUUGAGAAGGGGGACAUCCAGUAUGUGAACAACCUCGCGGUGUUCCAUGCCAGGGACGGGUUUGUCGAUGGAGAGGGGAAGCAUCGACACCUCCUCCGCCUCUGGCUGCGCGACUCGGAGAAUGCAUGGCCCACGCCCGAGGUCCUGCAGCCAAGAUGGGAGCAGCUCUAUGACGGGGUGACGCCCGAGGCAUCUGUUCUGCCGCUUGAGCCAUACAUUCGCAGUGCUUCCAACAAGGCCCGUUGAUUGAGGAAUCAAGAGGACGAAGCCGGUUUUGAGGAUUAUCAACAGCUUACAUGCGGAAGAUGUUCCGUACAUGUGAGGAUGGCAUAUCUUUGUCUGAAUUCACUUCCCUGUUACAUUCGGACGGCGUGUGUAUAGUGUAGCU